GCUGCGGCUGCAGAUAGACCCCUCGGAACCUUUGGGCCCCUGAGCCGGGGGCCAUGUAGAGCCGUCUCUACUCCAGCAGGGGGCGACGGCGUCUCACGUUGCCGGAAACAGCUCACUGAGCAUGCGCGCAGAGACAUUAACCCGGAAGUGUGUCUGGUAAACAACCGACGCUCCCAUGUCGCAGAUCGAGAUGCUGCGGCUGCUCAUCACGCAGCGGCUCAGCGCGGCCGCGGAGGAAAUCUUCGGUGUGUUCGGCAGAACCAUCGCCGAGUACGAGGAGGAGAUCUCCCGCUCCAAGCUGGAGAUCGAGCGCCAGCGGCGGCUGCUGGAGCUCCGCAGGAAGCCGCAGGUCUCCGUGCAACUCAGCGGCGCAGCUCUCUCGGAGGAGCAGGACCGGAGCUCCAGCCUGGACCUGAAUCAGACGAGUCCUCGGAUCAAACAGGAAGAGGAGGAGUCGUGGUCGACGGAGCAGAACGACAUCAUGUUGUUCCAGAGUGGCGACGCACACGCGACCCCCUCGCCGAAGCUGGAGGAGUCGCAGCCGGACCCUCUGCCCGGGACGUCGGUCGGGCAGACCUGCCCCGAACUCUGCGAGGACGGAGCGUCCGAUCCGACCUCGGGUAACGGGCCGCUCGACUGCGUGGACCUGGAGGCGCCGCUGUCCGAGGUGGUGGACUCGUACAUUUGCACCAUUUGCGGCCGUGCGUUCGCUCAGCGCAGCCACUGGGCCAAACACGUGCAGGUUCACCGCAGAGUCCAAGACAAAGUGGACAAGUCGUACACGUGUGACAUCUGUGGGAAGAGGCUGACUCGGUUUGACGGUUAUCAGAAGCACCUGAGGAUCCACACGGGCGAGAAGCCCUACUGCUGCAACGAGUGCGGCCGCAGAUUCAGCGACAACUCAAAUUACAAACGACACAUUCGUACACACGCAGGACAGAGGACGCAGCAGAGCUGAGGUGACGGGACGAGGAGGCGACGGGACUUGGAGGCGACGGGACUUGGAGGCGACGGGACAUGGAGGCGACGGGACUUGGAGGCGACGGGACUUGGAGGCGACAGGACAAACUAAAAGUGUUUUAUUGAAGCUCUGAAACGUCAACGUGUUGAUGGAUUUUCAUAUUUGUCCAUAUUUUUGUGGACGAGAAGAGAAACUGUAUUUUUAUAUCUGAUGUGUUUACAGACCCUUGUUAAUUAAAACAAUAAAGAUCUUUUUAUUUUCGGAA